CAACUUGAAGGUGUGCCAUGAGUGCCACGGGGCGCCUUAUGGUGCCACGCGAUGGCGGAGCUGUUUGGUGUGAUGCGUAUGUGCGCAACAAGAGUCUAUAUUUGAACUCCAUGGAUCAGGCGGAAACGGGCGGCACGACAGUUACCCGCAUUGAUCUCCGGCGGGUCAAGCCGCAACCUACGAAAUCGGUUCGUGGCGGCAUCUCUUUCAUUAACCGCAGUACCGGAGUCAACGAGCUGGAGGUGGUGGCCGGGAUAACGAGUGAGGCCGCGGCUUGGCACUCGAUCCUGCGGGAGGCGUGCUUUGUGACGAGACGUUGCAGAGAGAAGGCGGAGGCGAUGAGGCCGCGGCCGAUGGGUAAGAACCCAGACGCGUGCGCGUGGCUGGUGAGGGGCUCGCCCGGAUGGCUUCCCGGGCGGAUCAUGAGCGAGGCAACCGAGACCGAGGCGGCCGAGGAGGUUGCGUCGAGUUUGGCGUGGUAUGAGGAGUACUUUGUGGGUGCGACGCAGCACUACAACUUUGUGGCAAACCUGCCUGAGCUCGGCGGGGUGCAUGCUGUCUCGCUCCUCCGGAUCGCGUACGGGAUGCGGGCGAUCCUAUGGUCGCCGACCGGGGCGAGCCCGCUGGAGAUCUUUGUACCGGAGGACAUGACAUCUCCGCCGGCGCUGCUGCGGUUUGUGUUGGCAACGUACUCGCGCAAGCUCGCGCGUAAGUGCGAACAUUUCAGGCAGGUUGUUGGCGUCAAAGUGGUCGAGACGCUGCUGGCCAUGGAGCGCGAGAUGUACAAGCGGACGCACACGAUUGCCAUCAAGCAUGUCGGCGACGACGAGGCUGCUCUGGGGACGCUGCGGGGGCUGAUCGAGAGCAGCGAUGCGUUUGAGAUGGUGCCUGAAGCUGUUGACGGCGGGUGUGUCAUUGUGUUGGUGACCAACAACGCUGCGGUGCCGUACACGCUGCCGUGGGAGGCUGGGGCGGCAGGAGCGCCAUCAUCAGUAGCGGUGCUCGUGCCGACAGACGUCGGCUACGCCUGUCAGGUUGUGGUUGCACCUGCGGUCCAGCCGUCGCGCCAUCCGGCGGUGAUCAGACGAGAGACUGCAACGAUGGCCGCGCUCUGCACUGCGCUCGUCAACUCGGAGCAUGCGGCUGGACGACAGACUGCGAGCGCGAGUCCGAAGCUUGCCGCGACGCUUCGCGCCGAGCGGUUUACCUCUGCACUCGAGUCGAUGUACGUCUCGGUGAGCUCGGGGGUGGCUGGCUUUGAGACCGGCGAUGGCGGCACGGCAGCGGUGGUUGAGGCCCUGUCGCGCGAGCUGGGCGUGGUGGUGGCGACGGCCGCCAUGUCGGUCGAGGUGAAGAAGGUCUUGGCCACGCCCGACAUGGCCCAGAUCCGGUCGGCGGGUCUCUACGGCGAGUUUGUGGUGUUUUCGACCAGGGAUGGGGUGUACAUGACCGACAACGCAGCCGGGUCGGCGCUGACGCUUAUCGAGGAGCCGGCGGCGAAGCUCGAAGUCUUUCCGGCCCUGCAUGUGUGCUUGGUGCAGUUUAGCAUGGCAUCGCUGGGUGUCGGCUAUCUCUAUCUGGACUCUGUGGGCGAGUGGGUGCUGAAGCGGUUGCCGGAGACGGCUAAUGCGGUCACGUUUGCGUCGCAUGGCGCCGAGGGCCGCGAGCCCAAGGUGGCAGUGGGAGUGGGGCGAGUUGUCCACGUCUUUGCUUGGGCGCCGCCGCUGGCGUCGUUCAAGAUCGCGGCGACGCUCUGUAUCGAUCUGCCUGUGGCCGGACUCUCAUUUCUGACGUCGGGCCAGCUUGUGCUCCAGUUCUCGUCGGGCUUGGUGCUGUUUGAUCCGCCGACGCAGGCAAUGCGACGGCUGGAGCUACCUCCUGGGCGGUCGCGGCUGAUGAAAACCCAUAGCGUGGGAGCGGAUCUUGACGGUCCUGCCUCGCACGUCAUGUGCUCCGCCGGACUGGAUGCUCAUCUUGUGGCGACCUCGAGCGGAGCCUUGGCCAAACCGCGGGUGGCCAUCCGGUGGACGGGUGUGCCACUGGCGGUGGUGGGGCUUGGGCGGUAUGUGCUCGGUGUUUCGGCGACGGGCGUCGAGGUCCGAGCGAUGCGGACGGGAGGAUUAGUCCAGCAUGUCAUGCUCCCCCCCCGGUGCGGCUGGUGUCAUCGUCAUCGCUUGCGGUGGUGGUGUCUGCGGGGAUUGGUGCAGCAUCAAGCCUCUACUCUCUCCAGCUGCGAGCUGGUGAGUAUGGCGCGGCAAGUGCGGCGCCCUCGCCGAGCCUGCCGUUUCGCAUGCUCGCACGAAACCACAUGAGCACGGCGAUUGGCCAAUCGCACUCGCGCUCCUUGCUCGGCGCUUCUCUCAGCGCCUCGAUAUCUGAGUCGUCCGAGUCGGUCAACUCGUGGUCACGGGCAUCGCUGGUUGUGGAGGCUAUCGAGACCGAAGAUCGGCCUGUGCCCAAGUAUUCAGCAUCGGUGGCGAGUCUCCCGCUGGAGGACAACCUCGGUGCGAGCCGUGCGUGCCACAACAGCUCGGAGUCUAGUGGCUCCGAUACCGAGCCCAGCGUCUCAUUAGCCUCGUUUACCAGCUCGAUGUUUUCGUCAUCUGUGUCGAACACGCUGCUGUCACGGUGCUUGGUCGAGGAGACGAAGAAGAAGAAGAAGCGGCGGCGGCGCGUCGCCCGGCGGUCAUACCACGGGCGAGGCCAUGACUUGGGCUCCUCGACGAUGGCCUCAUCAUCGUCUUCAUCGUCUUCAUCGUCUUCAUCAUCUUCAUCUUCAUCGUCGUCGUCGUCCUCAUCAUCGUCGACAUCGUCGGCAACAACUCCAACCGCCGAGGCAGCUCGGUCGUGCUCGACAUCGCUCGAGUUGUGGUCGGGAUCGGACUUUUUCGCGUCGGGCUCGAUGGUGUCGGGCUCGAUGACGUUGAGCUCGCACCCGCGACACUCGCAGCCCUCGAUGCCUUCUGUCCCGCUAUCGAGCGUGUCUCUUCCUGUAGCUUCGCUCUGGCCCACGUCGGCGGCGGGUGGCGACGGCGAGCGCAGCAAGACCAACGCCACGCUGACCGAGGCUGGGUCGAGUGAUGGCAACAGCGAGGAGCAUGAGGAGCGGGCGAUGCAAGGACUCGCAGCAUCACUAGCAGCACAAGCCUCGUACCCUGAGUACUGGGACUCAAUCUCGGCAUCGGCAUCGGCAUCGGCAUCGCUGCCGACCGCUUCGCUCACCAGCUCGCUCGUCCGCGGCGGAACGCAGCAGGGGAGGUCGACGGCGACGACGACGACGACCUCGUCCCAUGUCGACGACGACGAUUCUGAUGACAGUUCUCAGCACGAAUUUGGUCUCUCGUACGUCUAUGCCGAUCACCAAUGUCAGUCCUCGAUGGCAGCCCUUCCGGUCGCGUCGAACGAUGUGAGCAUGCCGUCGAUCCUCUCGUUCUCGGUCCCCUCUCUGGGAGGUCAGUCGCAAGGCCUCUCUGCUCUCGUCGACGACAACAGUUCUAGCGACGACGAUUACGACGACGCCGACGACGACAGCAGUAGCUGUGGCAGUGGUGGUGGUAGCGAUAUGAAAUGAAGCACGAGCUGUCGAUAAACGAUGAGUUGUCGAUCCGGA